AUGAUUACGGCAGAGAACAUGCGUAGCCUGGGUUUUGUGUCGGAUGGGCCGCUGCCGCCACGUAUCCGUCCGCGCCUUUUGCGUACGUCCAAGUCGGAUGCGCGUCCCUUGAUCGACCUGUCAGAUGAUGAGCCGCCGGAGCACUCCUCGGGAUCCUCGGACGAGGUUUUUGCCGAGCCCAGGUCCUCCGGGUCCACUAUCGGCCCUUCACGUGCCUCUACUCGUGUGAGGCCCUCCAGUAUGUCCACUUCGUUCCGUGAGCGCCUUGAGCGCGCUGUGGCGCGUGCCCCCGCUGCGAAGAGACAGAAAGUUGCUGCCCAGCCUAGCGCGUCCCCGCCGGGGGAGUUGCGGCCGCGGGCGAGUCGCCCCCCCGUACCGCCGCCCGUUCCUCUCCUACUGCCGCCUGCCGAGCACACGCGGAGCUUGCCUGCUAUUGUUCGCGAGGCCCUCCGGACCCUUGAGGGCUGGGCCAUGUCCUCCGUGGCCCUUGUUGAGGAUGAGCAGGGUCGCGCUCGCGAGCUGGUUCGAGCCUUGGAGGCCGAGACCAGGCGGGCCGACGAGGCGGUCAGACGUGAUGCUGAGUCCUGGAAGGCCUUGGAGACGGAGAGGAGGAGGCACGCAGAGGAGCUUGGACAGGUCAUCCCUUCCUACAGGAGGUCUGAUGAGUUUGAGCGGGAUGCUGAGGAGUACGUUCGCGGGCGUAGUGCCGAUAUAGUCGCCUCGUGGCUAGCUAGCGAUGCUGGGAAGGAGACGAUUGCGGACGAGAGUGCUGUAGCCUUCCAGGUGGGCCGGUAUGCUAUGCAGCAGGAGAUCUACACCGCCCUUCGUCAGAAAGGAGAUGCCUUCGACCCAGGAGUCCUAGUGUUGCCGACCGAGAUGGAGAACCCCGAGCCAGUCAACCCUGCGUCGGGCUUCUCACUAUCACCCCUUGAUCGCGGUGAUGAACCCGUGGAGCUGGUGGCCUCCUCGGGGGCUAUUUCACCCACUCUGCUGAGCGUCCACGUCCCUGACUUGGAUGAGGAGGCCGAGGGAGUGACCGUCGCCGUCGCGCCAUCGGCCGAGCUGCCACUUGCUACCGCGCCGGGUUUGGAUGAGCAGCCUUGA